AUGUACUAUGCUGCGGCUGCCCUCCGGCCCAGGCCUCCUGAGCUGCGGCAGCAUCAUCCCUCACUCCUCUGCCCGCGACACGCCCACCGCCCUGGUGUCCUCGCUCUUGCCCUCGCCGGCAUGUACGCUACCCGCCUGCACAGCUCGGGAGGUGGGGGAGGAGGAGGGGGAAAGCCCGGGCGCCGGCCGGGCCUGGGGGGUGGAGGGCUGCUCAUGCUGGAGAACCACCACCACCACAUUGCUCAUCCCCAUCAUCAUCAUCAUCACCACCACCCUCUCCCCCCACCCCACCACCCCCACCAUGUGCACCCUCCACCCCCCAGCAACCCGCCCUUCUACCCUGGCCCUCACCGGGGGCCCCCCAGUCACCACCACCAGCAGCACUACCACCCGCACCUGGCCCCCCCUCCUCCUCCGCCUCCCCCCAUCCCCCCGUACGCCCACCUGCACCACCACGCCACUGUUGGCGCCACUGGCAACAAGAAGAAGACAUGGAACUUCAUCCACGAGAAGAUGAGCUACGACACUUUCUUCACCAUGAAGCGGCUGAUUGAGCGCUCGCGGCGGGGCGACGAGGUGCUGCGCUGGGUGACGCAGAACCCAGGCAAGAUCUCACACAACCACUACCCCAUCGCCCUGCAGAAGAUCGGCCAGCUACUACAGGCCGGGGCUGGAGGAGGGGGCGGAGGUGACUCAGAGGCAGCCCUGGUUCCCGGAACCGGUGGAGGAGCUGAGGACGAAGGCAGACAGAUCCUGGAGCACCAGGACUUCCAGAUGCUGUGCAACGCCAUUGUGAGAGACUGUGUCAAGUUUGACAACUUCAGCAUCGUCAACUGCCUGUAUGCUGUGGCUGCACUAGGUGAGGCUAUGUGGUCGCAUGGAGGCAGCUCUGUUUUCCAUAGUAACUUUUUGCAGUUGUUGAUCGGCAGAGUUUGAAAGUAGUAUUGCUAGUAAAGGUUAAGCAUUGUUUUUAUGCAUUUGAUAUUAUGAAUGAGACUUGAACAUUGGGAAAUGGCAAUUACUACUUUAAAUGCUAAUUACUACGUGUAUUCACUUGUUUUUUUUAUGGAUAUGAAAGGAAUUCUUGUACAUAUAACAACCGUGAAUGCAAUAUAAGUAAACCAAAUAAACCCUGAACUUCCCGUCUCCUCCUCCUAGGCCUUCCCAGCGACUCGCAGGUGGUGCAGGUGCUGGAGGCGGAGUCACAGUCGCGGCUGGACCAGUUCAACCAGAAGGACGUGUCCAUGGUGUUCAGCUCCAGCAUGAAGCUGCACCCCAGCAGCCAGCACCCGCUCACCGAGGCCUGCCUGGCAGGCUUGGAGAAGAACCUGGAGCGGGAGCGCCACCCGCAGACCCUCUUUCUGCUACUCUCCUACUACCGGCUCAAGUUGCACUCGCUGGAACCCACCGACACAGCGACGGCUGGGAACGUCGCCAACGUACACCCCAACCCAGAGCAGCUUCUGGCCAACAGGUAGGUUUGGUAUGAUGGUUGAUUACCAGUUUAGGGUAAUAUAGACAAAUGUAUACAACUUUACAUGUUAUAUUGGGUUCUCUUGUUUGUAAGAGGUCCAUUCAUAAUAUAUGACUAGCCAUCCAAGUAGAGGCAAUGCAGGGUUAUGAAGUACAACUGGGUUGCUUUCGAUAGGAAGUCAAUGGAGACAAUGUUUUCAAAAAUACUAUUAGUGAUCUUACUGGACAUGCCUUAGAGUUCCCGAGUGUCAGUUAUUAUUGUGAUAAAAGCAGUUAUCGCAAUACUUGGUAAUAUCGCGAUAAUGGCUUUAAUCGUGAUACUUGAUAAAAUCGUGAUAACCGCUUUUAUCGCGAUAAUUGACGUUAUCAUGAUACCAAAUUCCACCAUUUGUCGUUUUUGACUAGGUGAUAUACAGCUACGACCGAAAGUGACUUUUUCGCAUUAGUUUAGGAGAAUUUACGUGGCAGGUUAGGAGAAUUAGGUUAAGGUUAGGAAAAGGGUUAGGGCUAGUUAAAAUGCUCUCUUAACCAGCUACGAAAAGUCACUUCCGGUUGUAGCUAUACUCCAUUUAGUCACAACCACCAUUGUUCCGCUCAACCUACAAACAGGAAGAUCCUGCGACUGGUCAAGCACACACUGGCUAGCGUAAGUGGUGUGCGCGACCAGGAGAUGGCGCUGCUGGAUGAGAUGCUGGCUGUGUGUGCACGCGAAGCUAGCAACAAGAGCCUAGAGCUCAUCUUCAGCUCGCACCUCUUCUACCAGAACAGGCAAGAGAGGUUUGUGUGCAGCCUGGCUGGUGAGUUUUCCGUUCCUCCCUUCCCCUCCUCUGCCAUUAUCUGGCAGCUGUUUAAUCUGCCGGUUUCUCCGUACUUCUAUCAUUUCCAAGAUAACCGUCUGCUCUUUUCUCAAUAGAGGAACUGCCUAAAAAAGUGGACAGCAUAACCCCAUUCACCAUGGCCCUCAUUGCCAAAUACAUUGCCCGCCACCGGCUCAGAGAGACUCGACUUCUUGACACCAUCGCUGAUUUUCUGGUCAAGAAGGGCGAAUACCUGGACAGCAAG